UUGAUUAUUUGCAAACUCCCUUUGCUUUUUUUCCCCCCUCUCCCCCUCUCUGUCUCUGUCUCGCUCUCGCUCUCGCCUCCAAUGCAACUUUUGCAGAAACCCCCAACACACACAGACAUGUUGAGCUGAGAGCUAGGGGGAUCGGCCGAGUCCCCCUUCCCCGACCCCAAAGUCCCAAAUCUGGGGGGGGCCUCUAACCACCCCUCCCCCCACCCUUGACCUGUCCACUGUGCAUCGACUCUCCCCACACCUCUUCCACUCCCUGCUCCUUUUUUUGGUGGUGUUUUUGUUAGAUGGACAGGAUCAAGGUUGGAUUUUUCUGUCUCCCCCCUGAUGAAGUGAGGCGGUGAUGCAGGAGGCUGGCAGCUUCGACUAUACGGAGAGACACAGGCUCAAGAUGGCAGAUUUGUAUUGAGUUUGGGGGGCUGAGAUCUCGCUUCAUUUUUUAAAUGUUUUAAUAUUUUUUUUUGCCAUGAAUAACACAUUCUUGCACCGAUGGCCCCUAUGUACGAAGGUUUUUUAACCUUAGGGAUGGGUGAGCAAGCAGACUGGAGUGAAAGCCAUAAAGCUAUAAAUUACACCUCUACUAGAUCCACAAUAUGUUACCAAUUACCUCUGCUUUAUUAUUCAUGUCCCGGGGGAAAACAUGCAUCCAACCACCCUACUACCCCAGAAAGGUAUGGCCUCGCAUGUGCAAGUUUUCUCCCCUCACACCCUUCAGUCAAGUGCCUUCUGUAGUGUGAAGAAACUGAAAGUGGAACCGAGUUCUAACUGGGAUAUGACUGGGUACGGCACACAUAGCAAAGUCUACAGCCAGACCAAGAACGUGCAGUCGUCUCAAGCAGCAGCAGCAGCAGUCAACGCCUCCCUCCAGAUUCCCAACCCGAGUAUCCCUUACGAACAGACCAUCAUCUUUCCAGCAAGCACGGGGCACAUCGUGGUGACAUCUGCCAGCAGCACUUCCGGUGUCGUUGCAGUGUCUGGGCAAGCAUUGGGCGGACCUCACAACCUGAUGCGUCGAAGCACUGUGAGCCUUCUGGACACCUACCAAAAAUGUGGACUUAAGCGCAAGAGUGAGGAAAUUGAGAACACAAGCAGUGUGCAGAUAAUUGAAGAGCAUCCACCAAUGAUUCAGAACAAUGCCAGUGGGGCCACGGUAGCCACUGCCACCACAUCCACUGCCACAUCCAAAAACAGUGGCUCCAACAGUGAAGGGGAUUACCAGCUGGUACAACAUGAAGUGCUGUGUUCAAUGACCAACACGUAUGAAGUAUUAGAAUUUCUUGGCCGGGGAACCUUUGGGCAAGUGGUCAAAUGCUGGAAACGUGGCACUAACGAGAUUGUAGCUAUCAAGAUCCUUAAGAACCAUCCUUCCUAUGCCCGACAAGGUCAGAUUGAAGUGAGCAUCCUGGCCCGGUUGAGUACGGAAAGUGCCGAUGACUACAACUUUGUCCGAGCCUAUGAGUGCUUCCAGCACAAAAAUCACACUUGCUUGGUCUUUGAAAUGUUGGAGCAGAACCUCUAUGAUUUUCUAAAGCAAAACAAAUUCAGCCCUUUGCCCCUUAAGUACAUCCGGCCAAUCCUCCAGCAGGUAGCAACAGCCUUAAUGAAGCUGAAAAGCUUGGGACUGAUUCAUGCAGAUCUCAAGCCAGAGAACAUCAUGUUGGUAGACCCAUCCCGACAACCAUACAGGGUCAAGGUCAUAGACUUUGGUUCAGCUAGCCACGUGUCUAAGGCUGUGUGUUCAACCUACCUUCAAUCCAGAUAUUACAGAGCCCCUGAAAUCAUCCUUGGUUUACCAUUCUGUGAAGCAAUCGACAUGUGGUCCCUGGGAUGUGUUAUUGCAGAGCUGUUCUUGGGCUGGCCUUUAUACCCGGGAGCUUCAGAGUACGAUCAGAUUCGCUAUAUUUCACAGACACAGGGCUUACCAGCAGAGUAUUUGUUAAGUUCAGGGACAAAGACAACAAGAUUUUUCAACAGGGAUACAGACUCACCGUAUCCAUUGUGGAGGCUAAAGACACCAGAUGAUCAUGAGGCAGAGACGGGGAUUAAGUCGAAGGAAGCAAGGAAGUACAUUUUCAACUGUUUGGAUGAUAUGGCACAGGUGAAUAUGACAACGGAUUUAGAAGGAAGCGAUAUGUUGGUGGAGAAGGCAGACCGGCGGGAGUUUAUAGAUCUGUUAAAGAAGAUGUUGACUAUAGAUGCGGAUAAGAGGAUAACUCCGAUUGAAACUCUGAACCACCCCUUUGUCACCAUGACGCACUUGCUUGAUUUCCCCCAUAGCACACAUGUCAAGUCCUGUUUCCAGAACAUGGAGAUUUGCAAGCGGCGGGUGAAUAUGUAUGACACGGUAAACCAGAGCAAGACACCAUUCAUCACCCAUGUGGCCCCGAGCACAUCGACCAACCUGACCAUGACCUUUAACAACCAGCUGAACAGUGUCCACAACCAGGCCACCAACCUGGCUCCCACCUCCACCAGUGCCACUAUUUCCUUAGCCAACCCUGAAGUCUCCAUACUAAACUACCAAUCUGCACUCUACCAGCCUUCAGCAGCAUCCAUGGCCGCAGUGGCCCAGCGGAGCAUGCCCCUGCAGACGGGAACGGCGCAGAUCUGUGCCCGGCCUGACCCCUUCCAGCAAGCCCUCAUUGUAUGCCCUCCAGGUUUCCAAGGGUUACAAGCUUCCCCUUCAAAGCAUGCUGGGUAUUCUGUACGGAUGGAGAAUGCUGUUCCGAUUGUCACUCAGGCUCCCGGGGCCCAGCCUCUUCAGAUCCAGCCAGGUCUCCUCGCACAGCAGGCCUGGCCUAGCGGGACCCAGCAGAUCCUGCUCCCUCCAGCCUGGCAGCAGUUGACUGGAGUAGCCACCCACACCUCAGUCCAGCAUGCAACUGUCAUACCAGAGACCAUGGCAGGGACCCAGCCGCUGGCAGACUGGAGAAACACACAUGCUCACAGCAGCCAUUAUAAUCCCAUCAUGCAACAGCCUGCGCUUUUAGCUAGUCACGUGACUCUUCCCGCAGCUCAGCCCUUGAAUGUGGGCGUGGCUCAUGUCAUGAGGCAACAGCCGACCAGCACCACUUCCUCCAGGAAGAACAAGCAGCACCAGUCAUCUACGAGAAACGUGUCUACAUAUGAGGUUUCGUCCUCUCAGGCCAUCAGCUCCCCUCAGCGAUCGAAACGCGUGAAGGAGAACACCCCCCCUCGCUGUGCCAUGGUGCACAAUAGCCCCGCCUGCAGCACUUCUGUCACAUGUGGGUGGGGAGACGUGGCUUCCAGCACCACCCGGGAGCGGCAGCGACAGACGAUAAUCAUUCCCGACACACCCAGCCCUGCAGUCAGUGUCAUCACUAUCAGCAGUGACACAGAUGAAGAAGAAGAACAGAAACAUGCACCCACCAGCACCCUAUCCAAGCAAAGAAAAAACGUCAUCAGCUGUGUCACAGUGCACGAUUCGCCCUAUUCCGAUUCCUCCAGCAACAACAGCCCCUAUUCAGUGCAACACCGUGCGGCACACAAUAAUGGGAACACCUAUGAUACAAAAGGGGUACCAGAGACCCACUGCAGCGGGAACCCCCGAACUAUAAUCGUGCCACCGCUGAAAACCCAAGCCAGUGAGGUGUUGGUAGAAUGCGAUAGCCUGGUACCAGUCACCACCAGUCAUCACUCAUCCUCCUACAAGUCCAAGUCCUCCAACAUUGUGACCUCCACCAGCGGUCACUCUUCAGGGAGCUCGUCUGGAGCCAUUGCCUAUAGGCAGCAGCGGCCAGGACCACAUUUCCAGCAGCAGCAGCCUCUUAAUCUCAGCCAGGCCCAGCAGCACAUCACGACUGAUCGCACAGGGAGUCACCGGCGACAGCAAGCCUACAUCACUCCAACAAUAGCUCAGGCUCCGUACUCCUUCCCACACAAUAGCCCCAGCCAUGGUACGGUCCACCCUCACCUGGCUGCGGCAGCAGCGGCUCACCUCCCCACUCAGCCCCACCUCUACACAUACACCGCCCCCGCUGCUCUGGGCUCCACAGGCACCGUUGCUCACCUGGUGGCCUCCCAAGGGUCUGCUCGUCAUGCUGUGCAACACACCACUUACCCGGCCAGCAUUGUCCACCAGGUUCCUGUCAGCAUGGGCCCUCGGGUUCUGCCAUCACCUACCAUCCACCCAAGUCAGUACCAGGCUCAGUUUGCCCAUCAGACCUAUAUCAGUGCUUCUCCUGCUUCCACAGUCUACACUGGAUACCCGCUGAGCCCCACCAAGGUCAACCAGUACCCUUACAUCUAAACACUGGAAUGAGAGAGAGAGAGAGACCCGCAAAGAGGGAGUGAGGUGGCUGUUUUUAUACUGAAGAACAUGACAAACAAUGCAAUGGGAGGCUCACUUGAAACUUGAAUGAAGGAGACUUUAAGGGAGAAAUGAGAAAGGAAAGAAGGAAAGAACUAAUUCUACACUUUUUAUUUAAAAAAAAAAAGAAAAAG